GCGUGUUUGGUACAGAUGUGAUGCUAAUGUGAUUGGGUUUGUGACUGUUUGUUAAAGGGUUAUUCCAGAAGACGUUUAAUCGCCAAAACUAAGACUGGCCAGAAGAAAAAGUAUGGAGACACCUUUAUUUCUGUCGUCGUCCAGUGUUUGUCUGACGGAGGAGCUUCAGUGUUCUGUGUGUCUGGAUGUGUUCAGUGAUCCAGUCAGCACUCCAUGUGGACACAACUUCUGCAGGAGCUGUCUGAAACAGUGCUGGGACAUCAGUCCCAUCUGCUCGUGUCCCAUGUGUAAAGAAACCUUCAGUAAAAGACCAGACCUCAAGAUCAACACCACACUUAAACAGCUUGUGCUGCACUUUAAGGAAAAGUUCAGUCUGAGAAGAUCUGAAGUUCUCUGUGACAUCUGUGAUGAAAGAAAGCUGAAAGCCCUGAAGUCCUGUCUGGUGUUCCUCAUGCUGAGGGAUUUCUCUUCUCUCCUGCUGUAGAUUGACUCAUCCCUGUACAGACCUCCACACACCAAGAACUGGUCUGAGAUCAGUAUGAAGACUGAUGUGAGUGUGGAGACUCUGAGGAGAGCUCUGACUCAACUGCAGGAGACUCUACAUGACAAACUCACUCAAACUGUGUUGAGGAAGAUGCAGCAGUAUGCAGUGGAUGUGACUCUGGAUCCUGAUACAGCUCAUCCAGAACUCAUCCUGUCUGAAGAUGGAAAACAAGUGAGAGAUGGAGACAUUACACAUGAACUCCCAGAUAAUCCAGAGAGAUUUGAUAUGUGUGUCUGUGUUCUGGGAAAAGAGGGAUUCUCCUCAGGGAGAUUUUAUUUUGAGGUUCAGGUGAAGGAGAAAACUAAAUGGGAUUUAGGAGUGGCCAGAGAAUCUAUUAACAGGAAGGGAGAGAUCACAGCGAGUCCUCAGGAUGGAUUCUGGACUGUGUCUCUGAGGGAUGAGAAUGAUUAUUGUGCCUCUGGUUGUCCCCGUGUCUCUCUGUGUCUGAGAGUGAGUCCACAGAAGGUGGGGGUGUUUGUGGAUUAUGAGGAGGGUCUGGUCUGUUUUUAUGAUGUGGACAACAGAUCUCAUAUCUACUCUUUCACUGGUCAAACUUUCACUGAGAAACUCUUUCUUUUACUCAGUCCAGGUCCUCAUCAUGGAGGUAAAAAUUCAGGCCCACUGAUCAUCUCACCCGUUCAUUACAACAAAUAAAUGAACACACAGGAUAUAAAAUACUUGGAACUAAAUCCUGGUAGAGUUAGCAUAGCGCAGACAAAAUGUCUCGCACAUGCACUCAAAAAAAUCUAGAAAUUUCAUGACACCAUUCAUUCUACACAUCAGCCUCUUCCCACAUUUCUUGUCCAAUCAAAUGCUAUUUAGAAUCCGAAGCAUAUCACCCCUCUCACUAUGACCCUGAAGCAGCGCUUUAAAUCUGCCACUUCACACAUUAUGUUCUACAUGGUGAAUGAUGCACAGUGCACUAGAUAGUAGAUUGGGAUUGACUAAGAUAGUGUAAACAUGUUGUCAAUUGGGACGAUUGUAGACUCUUUACUAAGGGGAGUAACUAAGUUAUAGCACUUGGUAUUACAAAUUAUUUUAAGUUAAAUCAACUUGUACUUUAAUAUUAACAUUUUGAAGUCUCGACUAAAAAUUCGCAGUAUGGUGAUAUUUUCAUUGUAUUUCUUAUUGUGAAAUGACUGGAAGUACAAGUAUAUUAACCUGUCAUUUCACACAAACCUAAGAACUGUUGUUUCUUUCCACAUUCUGCUUUACUGAUGUGUAUGUAUUUCAGUGAAAUCCCAAUCUGUGUAUUGUCUUAAACUGUUGGAAGAUCUUAUUGGAAACACAAACCAAUCCAUCUUUAAACAUAAGCAUCUCUGUCAUCAAGUAUAGUAACUGUAUACUGUGAAACUGUUAUGAUGUUCGUAUAAUCCUAUAAAAUAUUCAGACAAUAUCUGUGGUGUACAUUGUGUAU